AAUGGUUGUGAAGAAAACAAGAAAAGACUCUCUAUAAAACGUAAAACCAUUGAAAUCAGAGUACAAGCGGACAUUGAAUCUUGGGUGACUGGUGGAGCGAAUAUCACUCUUCAAAUGAAUGGUAUUGUUCUUUUCUCUCCUUUUUUUCACGCCUCCUUUCCAAAAUGACAGAUACAACAAACAAUGAACCUAAAGCUUCAGAUAAACUAACAAGUCAAGUACAAGAGCUUAUCAGAAAAGCUAUGGAACCUGUUGGAAACGUUACUUGGUUAGUCUAUGAUAUCGAACAGGACCAAAUUCAUCUUAAUACACUGAAAGUCGCUACAAGAAUGCCUACCGUGGUGACGAAAAUGAAAGAAGUGGAAGAAGGACUGGAGGAAAAACUAGGACGACUCAAAAAGGAACAAGACAAGGCUAUAGAUCUCAUUACCCAGAUAGCAGACGUAUAUAAACAGAUAUUCGCAGUGGACUUGACAGUUGUUCGUAAUGAAAUUGAAGAAAACUUGGUUGCAUUCGGUGAAAAACUCAGUAUCGAUGCUAGAGAUCAGAUCAGCACGCAAGUUAAACAUAUAUCAGAACAACAAGCCAAGUUUGCCAUUCAACAAGAAAAGUCUCUAUCGGAUUCUAAUAAUAAAUUGACAACCCAACUCAACGUUCUCGAUGAUAAACAUACAAAGUUGAAACAUUAUGUGGAAAACAACACACGAGGAACGGAAAAAGCGAUGUCUGCCUUCAACUCCCAAAAACAACAUGUAGACACAUUCAGCAACAAACUGGAUUCCUUACGGCAUCGCUUUGAAGAAAACGAUAAGAUAAUACAGAACAAGAUUGAACAAAUGGUUAACCAUGUCAAGGAACAACAACAAAAAGUGGACAAGUUAUCAACAUCAUUGACGGAUGGCAUGAGGACUGAAAUAGGUAGUGUACAAUCAGAUAUGAAAGCCUAUCGAGAAUCACAAUUGGAAAAUAAGGAAACAAUGGCUUCUUUACGUUCAGAUUGGACUAUGAUCAAAUCUCAAUUGGAACCACUUUUGAAGAAAUUACAAGAAUCAACCUCACCACCGCCUUUGGAAACCGCAAUAACAACAACAAAUUCUACGCCAUCAUCAUCUCUAUCACCUGAUGUGGAGAUCGGUCUUCUCAAAACCAUUAUGGAAACCCAAGGAACCAAGUUGAAUGAAUUAUAUCAAAAUGUUACCACUCUUAUGAAAAAUUCUGAACCUUCAAAAGAAACACAAACAGGAAAAUCAAUCACACAGCCCACUAUGGUGCCUCUACCUGUACGGGAAAGAUUAGAUAAAUUGGAAGAAAAUGUAACACAUAUCUUUUCAAAGCUUGCUGUUUUGGAACCACGACUAAAGUUGGAAUACAAUGAACUCAAGAAAAUGGUGAAUACUGUGAACAGAGGUAGUACUCCUGUCAGUGAUAGUACAGUCAAAGUAGGUGAGAAACGAGAACGGGAUGACAUGGAUGACAGUUUAGAACCUCGAUUGGAAGCAAUGGAAGAAAAUUAUCAACGUCUGGAUCUUAAAUUGACAAGUCUUAUUGGUUUUAUUCAUCAAUUUCGCAACACAGUAUUGAAUCCUGGAUUCCCUGAUACUUUGGAAAAUGGACUUUUAGAAAUGGAAGCCUGUUUAAAAAAUCAUGAAAUGUUCAUUUCUUAUUUGGUGGAUCCUUUAUCUGUAUCACGUACAUUGGGCGAUCUUCAACAACAUUUACAAAAAGAUGAAGAUGAUGUUUAUACUUCAACAAUCACACCUGCCAUGCUCACCGUGAUUAGCAAAUUUGUAGCAGAUGAAACAGGAAAGAUGUUGGCGGAUCAAGAAGAAACCAUCGUACAACAAGCAAAGAAAAUCAAAGCUAUGGAGGCUGAGGCGGACAAGUAUAUCUCACAAGAAGUGGAAAAACAAAUGGCCAAAUAUACUGCUGAACAUAUGGAUCUGAAGACGAGAUUACUCGAAUUAGAAAAGAAAUUGUAAUAGGAUGGAAGAGUCAAUUUUUUUUUUUUUUUGUAGUUAGUUAUUCUUAUUAUUCUUAUUCUUAUUAUUUUUUUUUUUUUUAAAAAAAACUUUGUUAACAUAUUUUUAUUGAUCAUCCUGUUUU